AUGGGCAGAGAGCAUUUGACCAACGACGAGUUCUUCGCUCAGCUGAACAACCUGUUCGAGUAUAAUCGUAACAAAGGACACGGCAGCGUCUACCUUUCACAGAAGCGCUUAACCUUCGACACCGAAAGCCAGCCCCAGACGCCUACGAAAGUCGCCGACGACCCUCUCUGGGACACGCACCCCAAGAACCCUCUUCCCAUACUGGUCCGAGCACACAACAACAAAUCUUCGAAGCUGCACGGGAAGUCCAACGGAACGGACAGGAAGGCUAUCGACAAGAUCGUUAUAUCAACCGUGGUGCAGCCGGAGAAGCUGGACGCGUUUUUCGUACAAUAUGUAGAGGCCUGCAAGGCCGGCAUGAGUGGACUGAAGAAGAGGGAUAGGCGCGGGAAGAAAGACAAAAAGAAGAAAAGGAAGGGCGCGGCGGAAACGAAAGGUUGA